UAUAACAUUCAGGAUCGUAGACAUUCCGUUUAGUUCUGAUGAUAAAGAAUAUAGUUCAUUUGAUUGCGAAUUUUCGGCAGAUAUUGUUCAUUUCGACGAAUAUUUAAGAAAAUCGUACUGUUACUCAAGCUAUCCAGAAAAAUAUAUCUUCGUGAAUCUUCAAUUUUUGUAUAUUUCACUGAUGUUCGUCUGAUAAGCUGGAUAGAAAAUGGCCACUAGGAACUAUGCCAGUGGAAGGAGGAUUUUUCAAUACCUUGCUUCAGUUACAGAUUGGUACUGAAGAGCUCUAAGGCAAGUGUCUUAUGACGAAACAUCGAUGUCUACCAGUGAGGAUGACAGUGUUCCAUGAGCGCUGGCAACGAUGAGUUCUGGAAUCAACUCAAGCUGGACCUCUCCGUUCAUCACUUACUUAACUUCCAACUCUUCUACGAUUCCGAUGACCACUAGCGAAGCUGGAUGGUGUGCCGUAUCACCUGCAUUGGGGUGCUUACUAGGACCACCCAUAGCUGCGUAUCUUGCAGAUAGAAUAGGCCGGAAGAACACUGUACUCAUCAUGGCGCCUGUGGUCUUUUUUUCGCAACUCGGUAUAGGUUUAGUAAGGAAUGUUUGGCACCUGGCUCUACUGAGGUUGUUUAUUGGUGCAGCAGAUGGGGCCUGUUUCACAACUUUGCCAAUGUACGUUGGGGAGAUUUCAUCGCCAGACAUAAGAGGUUUCCUCUCUUCUCUCAUUUGUCUGUCUUUCACUUUGGGAGUACUGCUGAUCAAUACUAUCGGCUGCUUUUUCAGUAUAUUCACAUGCAGCAUUAUUUGCGCAGCUGUACCCGCAGUACACUUCCUUGGAUUCAUUUUUAUGCCAGAAUCUCCUUAUUAUUACAUCAAAGUGGGGAAAUAUAAUGAAGCCAAAAAAUCGUUGAAGAUUUUUACGGGUUUAGCGGAUGUCGAUGAGGAGUUGAAGUCUCUCUCUGAUGCGGUUCGAGUUCAGGAGGAAAUAGUGAAAAAUUCCAAAUUCAUGGACCUCUUUACAAUACCUCGGAUUCGAAAAGCAACUGCCAUUUUCGUAAUUAUUGGUCUAGCCUUGAGAGCAAGUGCUAAGGCACCUCUUCUAUCCUAUACAAAAAUGAUCUUCGAGGAAUCUGGAAGUGAUAUCAGUUCCUCACUUUCGACUAUAGUGUAUUGUUCUGUUGAAUUUUUUGUUAUGACUAUCACAACGUAUUUUGUAAUCGACCGUUUUGGCAAGAAGAUUAUGUGCGUAAUAUCACUAAGUGGCUGUGGUAUUACUCUAUUUCUAUUAGGUUUCUAUUUUUUCGUGAAAGACUUCCACCAUGAUAUAUCUAGAUAUUUGAAUUGGCUCCCCAUAACAACUUUGACAGCCUACAGUGUUUUGUUCAAUAUGGGCUUGUCUUUCACUCAGGUGUGUUACUUGAGUGAAUUGUUCCCUACAAACGUUAAAGCCAAAGCGCUUAGUUUUGCAGAAAUUUCCACCGUUUUGACAAAUGCAGUUACUGUGAAACUAUUCCAGGUCAUGAACGAUGGAUUUGGAACUUUAUCGGGGUCGUUUUUUUGUUUUUCGAUAUUGUGUAUGAUUAUGCUAGUUUUUGUUAUUAAAUAUGUACCAGAGACGAAAGGUAUGACCUUAGAAGAGGUACAGUUGUUCUUUACGGGUGAGAAAUACAAAGAAAAUGAUGAAAACAUAGAAGGAACACUUUUAAGAAAUAAUGACAUAGAGUAAUAGAAAAUACUGAACUGAGAAUAUUAAGA